CUUACAUCGAGUAGCUUUGAUUUCUUCUAAUGCCCGAUUUUAUUAACGUCGAUCAAGUCUUAAUCUCAACUUAAACUGUCUUUAGCAAAGACAAACUCAAAGUUUAAUCGACAUUUGAGGAUAUUGAUGGAACCAGACUUGAGAGAAUCGAGGCGAGGCGCGAGGUGUAGGAAAAAAGAGUCCAAGGAGUGAUGAACCAUGUUAGCGAGGUCGACAUCGUUGCCACUGACCGAUCCUACGAACGCGGACGUUAUUAAUACAGACCUGUGUGUUUUCCAUCGAUACUGCCUACCACACGUUACUUCGUGUUCGCCCAACAGGCAACCGCGCGCACAAACGAAAUUGCGCUCUCGUCCCUGCAGGAGCGAAGUCCAAAUGCUAUAGCCUUUGCUCUCGAGUUUUCGCCGUGAAAGUAACGUCGUCGCAUCGAACGCGUUCUGCGAACGAAAAUCACGAUGACGAUGUUACAGCUCCGUUUCAUGCGCUCGUGAUUGUUACGGCUACGUCGCGGAACGUGCGUGCGUACGUGCGUGCGUCGUGCGUGCGUGCAGACGUACGGUGUGCGUGUAGUAGCGUUUCGUGAAUUUACCCGGCUCGGUACCCGCUCGGGAUCCUCACCGAUACUUUCGCCGACCACGUAAUCAACAAGUUCGACUUCGUCCUGUUACAUCGCUCGGCGUACAAACAACAAGAGCAGGUUCAAUCUGAACUUGUCAAAACAAAGUAGACAGAUGACAACCUUCUCAGGACUAAGGUAUGGCAAGCUUGAUGGUGAACGCCUCUAGUAAGAAUAGCUCGCGCAGUGGAUCUCCUAGUAGAGCAACUUCGACGUCCCAGCUACACCAGCAACAAUCAACAGGAAGUUUAGAUCAUACUCCACGAUUGCGUAAUGUUUCAAUUUCUCAAGCAGGAGAGAGUAGCACAGGCAGUGGAAGUAGUGGCGGUGGUGGUGCUGGAAGUGGUCUCGGUAUGAAGGGCAGCAGUAGACAAAGAUCACCAGGGACUUUAAUUCGCAUGGGAGAUGCCAUGGACGAACCAAGUAGUAAUCCAAACACUGCCGAACCAGAUGAGUUUGUGCCAAAUAUUCAUCCACCAACUGAUGACGAAGGAGAACAAUAUCACACGACCCCAUCGUUCCUAUCGAAUGGCUCCUCUGAACUGAUCACCGAUGAUGUUGAUUCUAGUACAGUGCGUGUUCGUCAAGCUAUUGAACAUAUUCAGAGUAAAAUUGCUAAGACGCGGGAGCAAAUAAGAAUAGAACAAACAACGCGGGAUGAAAAUGUCAAUGAAUAUUUGAAGUUGGCUGCUAACGCAGAUAAGCAGCAGUUAACUAGGAUUAAAACGGUAUUUGAGAAGAAGAAUCAAAAAUCGGCCCACAGUAUCGCGCAGCUACAAAAAAAGUUAGACAGUUACACGAAAAAGUUGAAAAAUUACGAGAUGAAUGGAGCACCUACUAGUCAUAGGCAACCAAGGGAAAUGUUACGGGACAUGGGGCAAGGACUCAAAAACGUGGGAGGAAAUAUCAGGGAUGGAAUCACCGGUUUUUCAGGAAGUGUGAUGUCUAAACCAAGAGAGUUCGCUCAUCUUAUUAAAAAUAAAUUUGGAAGUGCUGAUAAUAUAAAUACUUUAUCACAUGGCUCGACUUUUUAUGUAAACGAUACACCGCGUGCAGGUAAUGGUGAUAACACUAGCGUUGAAGAUGAUAAAGCUCACCAUGGAUCGGCCACGCUUCCUGGUGGAUGCAGUUUAGGAUCUACCCAUAGCGCAGCUGCUAUAAAAUUUCCAUCUGAGGAAGGAUCAGAAUGUUCUAGCGUGACUAGCGAAAGCGGCCCAGGCAGUAGAGGACAGCCGCACACAUGUCAUAGUAAUAACGCAGCCUUGAGUCUCAAAUCUAUUUUCUCAGAACUACAGGAAAACCGAGAAAACCUCGACCGAAUAAGGGAAAAAUUAGAUAGCGUAAAGACGUUACAACAGGAGGUGACAUAUCUUUCCCAUUCUCUCCAAGAGGAACGUUUCAGAUGCGAACGUCUGGAAGAACAAAUCAACGACUUGACGGAACUGCACCAAAACGAGGUGGAAAACUUAAAGCAAACUAUCACAGAUAUGGAGGAGAAGGUGCAAUAUCAAAGUGAAGAUAGACUGCGAGACAUACAUGAGAUGUUGGAGAGUUGUCAAACCAAGAUCUGUAAAAUGGAACAUCAACAGCAGCAGCACCAACAAUACGUAACCUUGGAAGGCUUAGAUAACAGCAAUGCGAGAGCACUGGUUGUAAAAUUGAUAAAUGUAGUAUUAACAGUAUUGCAAGUUGUUUUGCUUCUCGUUGCGACAGGUGCUGGUAUCAUGAUGCCUUUCCUCAGAACUAGCUGUACUAAGCCUCAUUGUUUCAUGUGCAGGGUGCGCAUAUUAACAACCACGCUCGUUGUGCUGGGCAUAGUAUUUGUGCUCAAACAGUGGCCUGAGGUACAUGACGUUGGUAGUCAUCUUAUGCGCUAUCUUAAGCAGACCCUCGCCAUGAAGUAGCAUUGGUGGAAUACUUAAAUUUAAUCAAACCCUGUGAUGAAGCUGGGCUAUCGGACACAUUGAUCGAAACUUCGCAUCUGUUUAUCAGUGUAGUAGGAUUGGAGCAAUAAUAGUAUGUAUACGUGUAAAUAAGUUUAUUUAUAUCUCUUGAGUUGUUUAAAUUAUCAUUAUAUUAUCAUCAUUAUCAUAAAAGUAAUAUAUGUAUUUUUGAUACUAUUAUUUAAAUCGCGACAAGACUAUAUUUUGCCGUAGAGAACCACUUGACUUUAAAAUUAUAAUUUAUACAAGUUGUCAUAUAUAUUUGUUUUAUAAUUUUCAUGUCUUAUCAUUUUGAACCGACAUUAGUCUUGUGUUUUAUAAUUGUGAUUAGCAAUCUAUAGUGCUGGGCAUUGAGAAAUUCUUCUAUACUAUGGAAAUGCGAAAAACAAUUCAAAUUCCGUGUACCGCUUUAAUAUACAUGGCAUAUUUUUUAUUACGAAAAUUUAAUUUCACGUAUCUUUAUGUUCACUUUCUUAUGGGUAGAUGGUCAAAGUUGUAUAAAAGAAGCAAAGUGAAAGUGUUGUUAAAGUGAUGCACACCAGAAUACUGUCUUCAGCCUUUACAAUUGAAGAACUGUCCAGUCACAAUUUGUCAGUGUACAAUCAAUUUGUUUCAAAUAUUCGGGAUGUGUUGAUAAGUGAAGUUCAAUGAGAGAUUUGUAACAUUCGAAUCGUCCAAUUGCUAAACAAUAAUGUAAAUUAAGACAGAGCUCUUAUAUCAUUAAAGAUAGCUGUUAUCCGGCAUUGUAUAAAGUAGAAUGUACUGUAUAUCGUUUACUUGUUACUUGUAAGACUCAAUAAGGAUACAUAAGUUCUAGAAAAUGCAAGCUUUUUAACUAUUAUUGUUGUGUAUUGCAUAAAAAAGUAGCCAAUAUGUGAGUUGACUCGAGCAUGCAAUGAAAUGGAUAAUGGAGAAUUUUAGCGGAAACCACGUUAAAAAGAGGCAUAUUACUUUCGCGUGGCAAAUUUGUGGAUACGAAACUUGGAUAUAAAUAGUUUCACGUACAACACAUGUACAUCAGAUAUCAAAAGAGGACCAAACGUCUCUUUCCUCUUAUCCUACGAUACAAUAAAUUUACAUCGCGUUACAUAUAUAACAUUAAAAUUACGCGUACGAUAAUGGAGGAAUCGUGUGGUUUUCCGUUAGCGAACUAAACAAAUCUGUAUGUAUGUUAUAAUGAGCAUAAAGAAAUGAACCAUGACAGUUAAUCGAAAUGAGAGAAAGACUGAAGUGGACUACAUUGCUGUAACACUCGUUUAAUUUAACAUUGGCAUGAAUUCAACAUGCGUUACAAUUUUGUUUUUAAUAUCAGAACAUUUCUGAUAACGUUAAUGUAUACCGUAAUUAUAAAAAAAUAUAUGUAUAUAUGUAUACACAUGCAUAUAUAUACACACACACACAAAGUCAAAUAGGAGAGCAGUUUCCAAAAAGUAUUUGAUACGUUACGAAAAUAAGAAGAGUUAAAACUAUAACAUGUAAAACAAGAAUAGCUGUCUGAUUUGUGGUUUCUUCAUUGUAUCGUCGCUGUCUAAUAACAGCAUAAAUAUGACUUAUUCACUAUUUUAUAGUAUAUGCUUUUUCUAAUUUCUCGCAAUCGACAUGGUCCAUCUUGUUUGGAUGUUUAAGCAUUAUUGUUAUUCAAGGCAAUUGCAGCAUGAAUAUAUUAAAAUUUAAAUACAAAAAACUAUAAAUGUAGAAAUGUUUUAUCUCACACUUUUAAAUUAUAUAAUUACUAAAUUAUAUAAUUUACAAUGUAGUUAUAUAAAGUAAUAUAUAUUGUAUUUUAUACAAUGUAAUCACAUAUAAUCAUGUCAUUUCGUUAUAUAAUUUACAAAUGCCAUUUUCUGCACAAUUUUCUUUUUAAAUAUUAUUAAUAUAUCAUGCUGUCUUCAUCUUGCAUAUAGAAAUUUUAAUGUUUAUCCUUAGUUCACGCUAGAUGUGUUUAUAACUGGAUAAUAGUAACAAUAUAGUAAUAAUUAUAUUGAGCAAUUCGGUAUCUAUGUCAAUUUAAUGACAUAUAGCGAAUAUAACAGCAUAAAUGCUAUUCCUCCUAUUCAGAACUUAAUUCAAAACAGCUGCCUGUAUUGUACAUAACGGAAAUAAUUUAGUAAUGUCUUUUAUUCUGUCAAUACAUGAAUAUUUCAUGUUUACGAUAUAUGUUGUUCGUAUAAAAUUUUGUAUUAAUUUUUUAAACUUGCAAUGUGAAGGGUUAGAGUGCCAGAAUGAUUAAAUAACAAUUCACAUGUGGAGGUAGAAGGCGUUGACAACGUAAUUUUAUGCUAUCGCGAAUAUAUUCAAUUCGUCCCUGAUCUCAAAGCAGAAAUUUUGCUGUAUAUUUAUUGCAUUAGAUGUAGUUGUUUUUCUCGAUAUCUUGUAAGUUUGUCACACGCGUGUUUUAUUUGCAUGGUUUGAAAUAGAUAAAAAAAAUUUAUUGUCCCUAUAAAAAUAUAUAUAUAAUGUUUGGAAAUUUUCAGUAUAUAUAUAAAUAUAUAUAUAUGUAUGUAUGUAUGUGUAUAUAUAUAUAUAUAUAUAUAUAUAUA